AUGGGUUUGCAUGAAGAUGAAGAUCGGCAGUAUGCCGAGGACGUCCAAGCUGUCCAAAAUUGGUGGAAGGACUCACGCUGGAGGUUCACCAAGAGGCCCUUUACUGCUGAGCAGAUUGUAGCCAAACGUGGCAAUCUGACGAUUGAAUAUCCAUCUAAUGUCCAGGCUAAGAAGCUCUGGAAGAUCUUGGAAGGAAACUGGAAUAAUAAGCAAGCUAGCUACACCUAUGGCUGUCUAGAACCAACUAUGAUCACCCAAAUGUGCCAGUUCCUCGACACUAUCUACAUUUCUGGUUGGCAGAGCUCGUCUACAGCCUCGUCAACAGAUGAGCCCUCUCCCGAUCUGGCAGAUUAUCCUAUGGACACUGUGCCAAAGAAAGUCAACCAACUCUUUAUGGCACAGCUCUUUCAUGACCGGAAACAGCGCGAGGAGCGCAUUACUACCCCCAAGGAUCAGCGCUCGAAAGUGGCCAAUAUCGACUACCUACGACCUAUCAUUGCCGAUGCCGAUACCGGUCACGGUGGCUUGACAGCCGUCAUGAAGCUCACCAAGCUCUUUGUUGAGCGCGGUGCAGCUGGUAUUCACAUCGAAGACCAGGCUCCUGGUACCAAGAAGUGCGGACAUAUGGCUGGUAAAGUGCUCGUGCCAAUCAGCGAGCACAUCAACCGUCUCGUUGCUAUCCGGGCUCAGGCCGACAUCAUGGGCUCCGAUCUCUUGGCAAUUGCCCGUACCGACUCUGAAGCCGCCACUCUCAUUACCUCGACCAUUGACCACCGCGAUCACAGCUUUAUAAUUGGCUCCACAAACCCUGACAUCCAGCCCUUGAACGAUCUCAUGUUCAAGGCCGAGCAGUCGGGCAAGAACGGCGCCGAGCUACAAGCCAUUGAAGAUCAAUGGACGGCUCAAGCUGGCCUUAAGCUGUUCCACGACGCCGUCAUCGACGCCAUAAAUGCCAGUGGCGGCAACAAGCAGGAUCUGGCCGAACAGUACCUAAAGGCCGUAAAGGGAAAGAGUAACAGUGAAGCUCGGGAAAUAGCCAAGAGCCUCACCGGCGCUGAUAUCUACUGGAACUGGGACGCUCCUCGCACCAGGGAGGGUUUCUACCGCUACCAGGGCGGGACUCAAUGCGCCGUCAACCGUGCCGUCGCAUUUGCACCAUUCGCAGAUCUCAUCUGGAUGGAGAGCAAGCUUCCAGAUUACAAACAAGCCAAGGAGUUCGCGGACGGAGUACACGCAGCAUGGCCAGAGCAGAAACUGGCCUAUAAUCUUUCGCCCUCAUUCAACUGGAAGAAAGCCAUGCCGCGCGACGAGCAAGAGACGUAUAUAAAGCGACUGGGCGAACUAGGAUACUGCUGGCAAUUCAUCACGUUGGCGGGUCUGCACACGACAGCGCUGAUAUCGCACCAGUUCUCCAAGUCGUUUUCGGAGAUCGGCAUGCGUGCAUAUGGCGACCUAGUUCAGGAACCUGAAAUGGCUCAGGGAGUCGACGUGGUCACUCAUCAGAAAUGGAGUGGUGCCAACUACGUUGACAAUCUCCUUAAGAUGGUUUCUGGUGGAGUCAGCAGUACCGCGGCCAUGGGAAAGGGAGUGACCGAGGAUCAGUUCAAGUGA